AUGGCUGAAGCAGCAGUUUCCUAUGUUGCAGAGCGGCUUAUUGAUCUUCUCCAGAAAAAAAUUGUUUUCCUGAAAAACGUCCGACAAGGAGUUGAAGGAAUGCAAGAUGAGCUUGUCCGUAUGAAGUGUUUCCUGAAAGAUGCAGAUAUGAAGCAAGAGGAAGAUGAGGCUGCAACAAUCCGCAAUUGGGUAUCUGAAAUCAGAGCAGUUGCCUACCAUGCUGAGGAUGAUGCUGUUGGUCUAGAGAAGCAUGUGAGCUCUGUCGUGUCAAUCCUUCUGAAGGAGGACAAUCGGCUUCGUGUUGCUUCAAUUGUUGGUAUGGGGGGCGUCGGCAAGACGACUCUUGCCAAGGAAGUUUAUAACCAAACUCAAAUCAGAGACAAGUUUGACACUCGGGCAUGGCUUUAUGUAUCCCAAGAUCAUAAGCCCAUGAAGAUCAUCAAGGAACUCAUUUUACAACUGGCAAAUCCAGAAGAAGAUAAAGUGAAGAUAGUUGACACGAUGGACAAAUUGUCAGAGGCCAGUUUGGAUAAAAUGCUCCAGAGGCGUUUGAAAGAUACAUGCCAUCUCAUUGUUCUUGAUGACACCUGGACCACAGAAGCAUGUGAUCUCAUUGUUAGGUCAUUUCCUGACAAUGAUAAGUCAAGUAGAUUGCUACUUACCAGCCGCCGAAAGGAGGUUGCUUUGCAUGCAGAUCCCCAUGCCACACCCUACAAACUUGAAGAAUUGAGCGAAGAGGAGAGCUGGGAACUCUUUCUCAAGAAAGUGUUUGCUGAGGAUAGAGAGUGUCCACAGGACUUGGUGGACGUGGGAAAAGAGAUUCUGGAAAAAUGUGAUGGGUUGCCACUGGCAAUCACUGUCAUAGGAGGUCUCUUGGCGGGGAAGAAGAAGCAAAGAAGUGAGUGGCAGAGAGUACAGCGAGGCCUCAGUUCAUACCUNUAG